CGAAACGUCAAAGUCAGAGCGAAACGUCAAAUACUCAGUAUUAAAUAGGUUAUAAAUAAGAGGAAUCAUUUUGUACUUCUUCAACACCUAUGUUACCCACAAAAGGCUAUUUCCAAGACAUCGAAUGUCCGUUUUUCAGCAGCGCCUGCUCGAGACCCUACUGCCACUUCAGGCAUCGCAAAAAACAUUCGGAAAUCGUCGAAGAAACGGCCGAAAAGCGAACGGACACCGCCGAAAUACCCACAUACAAUCCGACCCCGAAGAGCCAAUUGGCCAAUAUCAACAACAAAAGCCACAUACCCAUCAGCUACGUGCCCGACAUAACCUACAGAAACGAAAAGUCCCAACGGCCGAAACCCACUUACAACCCGACCCCGUUGAGCAUCCUCUCUCGAGCCAACAACAGGACCCACCUCGCCCUCGAUAACGACAAUAACGAGCAAUUGCAAGUCAUUAACGAAAUCAAACAGAACAUAGCGAGCGUCGAAUACGUCCCCACCGUAUCGAAAGACAUCGAUUUCGAGGAUCUCACCAACGAAUUCCAAUUAAUCGAUGAGAUAAUCACCACGGACACGAACAGUGCCGAAGGUAUCGAAGCAAACGAUGAGACAAAGACUGACGAUAAACCCGUCGAAACACCCGACGCCUGCGAUAAGAAAGAAUCUGUUAAAACCGGCGAUACGAAGGAGAAAUCAUCUAGUCGAAGGGAGAAAUCUAGUCGCCACAGGAAGACGGACAAGAAGCACAAGAGCCGAGACAGAGACAGGCGAUCGAGCGAACGCAAAGACAAAGACAAACCGCACAAGAGCCGGCACAAAAGCAGCAAGAAGGACGAUUCGUCGAGGAGGAGAGACGAUAAAUCGAAGAGCAAAAAACGCGAUAAAAAAGACAAACCCGAACCGGACAAAGCCCAACAACACACCGAUGGCGUCGAUUCCCUCGAAAUGGAUUUCGACAUCGACAUCGAUAUCGACAUAGACGAGGACGAAACCAUGUUGGAGUGCUACAAAAUCUUCAACGAAUACAAUCCGGAACAGAAACCAGUGCAAGAGGAACAAAUCGUACAGAAACCACAGGAUUCCGGCGACAGCGAACGUACCUCGUUCACCGGCAAAAGGCGCAUCGCCCACACCAACGCCGAAACGUCCGUCGCCCAAACGAAACCGCCCGCGGCCAAGCCCAAAUCCAUCCCGACGCCCGGCCGGACGCUCGCCGAUCGCUAUCGCGCCGCCAAAACCACCCUCCUCCACCACCACAACAACAACAACGAUCGCGAAUUGGAGCUGCUCAGCGAGGAAAUCAAGCGCUCCGCCCCCGUCAAGCGGCCCCCCUCGUUGCUGGAAGCCGCCCAAAAUCGCAAGAAACUCAAAGAGACCACAGUCGACAAGCCCUCGAACGUCAUCGACGCCAUAUUGGAGGGCACCGGCCGCAACCCGUCGAUCUACAAAAUCGGCGCCAAGAAGAUCGCCCCCGUGCGAAACGUCUCCGCCCUCGCCAAGGCCAAGGAGAAGAUACGGCCGGUCAAGCCGCCCGCGCCCGCCCCCAAAACCGUCGCCCAAACCCAAAAAGGUAACCGGAUAGCCCACGUGCCGGACCUAUCUCUAUCGGACAUACCGAACGUGCUGCACGCCGACAAAUCGAAGUUGCCGGUGAACGUGCGCACGCGCUUUCUGACGAUGAUAGCCGACGAAUGCGUGAAGCUCUACCUGACCAAACACGACGCGUUCGAGCGGGCGCUCAAAGAGGAGUUCGGCUGCUACGAGAAGUGCCGAUUGUUGCCAUCGUACAGGAACUCCGCCAUGCUGGCGGUGAACCGGCUGCGCAAGGAGAUCGCCGAGCGCCACAAGGAGGGCUUGGGGUUGUUGGGGGGCGGCGAGGAGGAGGCGGGCGGGCGGGGGGACGCGCGGGCCGGCGAGUUCUACGAUCGGGUGAAGGGUUGGACGUUGUCGAGCGAGGAAUUGGACCUGCACGGGUAUCCGAGACGCGGCGACGAGAACGGCGUGGCUAUAGUGAAGAACUUCAACGGUAGUUUGUAUAAGAAUCUGGAGGCGAACAGGAGGAUAUGCAGCAGGUGUCGGAAGUGCUACCAGGUGAACGCCGACGGGCGCGCCUCGUUCGCGCAGCAAUGCAGCUACCAUCCGAUGAAGAAGCGUACGAUCCGAGGCGAACAGAUCUACCUGUGUUGCCAGAGCGCGGCCGAAUUGGGCUGCGCCACCUCCGACGCGCACGUGUGGGACGGGUCGGCGUCGGGUCGGCUCGACGGGUUCCAGGCGACGCUGCCGCCGGACGGGGAGGGGGACGCGCGCAGCCGCGCCGUCUACGCGUUGGACUGCGAAAUGUGCUACACGACCAAAGGGCUGGAGCUGACGCGCGUCACCAUCGUCGACGGCGAUUGCAGGACGGUGUACGAUUCGCUGGUGAAGCCGCUGAAUCCGAUCGUGGAUUACAAUACGAGGUUUUCGGGCAUCACGGCCGAGCAGAUGGACGGCGUCGCGACGAGUUUGUUGCAGGUGCAGGCGAAUCUGUUGCACCUGUGCAAUUCGAAGACGAUACUGGUGGGGCACAGCUUGGAGUCGGACAUGAAGGCGUUGAAGAUCGCCCACGAGACCGUCGUCGAUACGUCGGUGUUGUUUCCGCAUAAGAUGGGGCUGCCGCACAAGAGGGCGUUGAAGGCGUUGGCUAGCGAGUAUUUGAGGAAGAUUAUACAGAACAACGUGAGCGGGCACGACAGCGCCGAGGACGCGGUCACUUGCAUGGAGUUGUUGAAGUGGAAGCUGAGGGACGAGUCAAAGAGGAAGGUCCAGUAGGAAAACGUGUGUGAUGAUGAUUGGUGGUGGUUCGCUUCGGUAGGCGAACGUUCGUUGUUGAGAUUCGUUAUUUUUUAAGGUAUAAUUUAUUUUUUAUUCAUGUGUUAAGUACCUAGUAGGUUCGAAUGUAAAUGAAGCGCAAAUAAAUUUUUCAUGUAAUUCGUUUUUAA